UAAAGCCCCCGUUCGUCUCCCCAGUUCUCCGAUCGAGGUGACUAGGGUUGCUUCAAAUCUUCUUCGAUAUUUUCUGCUUCUGUUCAGUCGUUGAAUGGGCUAAUUUGGAUCGGGCGGCGUCGAGUUGGGGUUCGUCGGAUCGCGAUCUAGUGUUCCUUCCCGCCGCGGGCAUCGACCAUGCCUUCGGUAUACGCAGGGCUCCCCCCUAGCCGCGCGGUCAUGAGCCCAUCGGUUACCUCGUUCAACGGCGGUUCUUGCUCCCAUCGCCUUAAGCCACUCGAGAAAUGGAGUCGUCGCGGUAAUUUGAGUCAGUAGUGCGGUCCGCGCGUGGCACAGCGGUUGUUUUAGGGCUUCCUUCUCGUCUCCCGGUCCCUUUUCUUUGAUCCGGAAGGGUUUUCUUAGAUAACUUUGGAUAUUUUCCUUGAUUGGCUGCCAGCGGCGAAUUGUGAGUUGGAGGAGUGUUCGAUUGGCUCUGGUUUCUUAUACAUGCGAAGAUGAUCUGUCCUCCUUGCUGUUGUUUGGCUUAUCUGAUCAGCAGACUUCUAUCUGUCGUUAAAGUUUAGUCAUUGUAUCGAACUCUGUACACAGCGAUCAAAUUGCAAGCCUUGUGUUCUUGUUGCUUAAUUUUGAUGCACACCAUGUGCUAUCCUUUUUAAAGGAAACAUUAUUCUGUUCUCUUUUGCUAGAUUUUUGUAGCUGACAUGUUUCAGUUUAUUCUAAGGUGACUUAUUGCAUCUGCCUUCAGUAUUAAUCAACUAUGCAACGAUUAAGUGCUCUCUCGUAUUCCUGUAAAGGGGUUUGAGCAGCAAGAUGGACAGUUUCUCUCGUGGUGAUAUGCUUAUUGUCGAUGCUAGUUGUGGCUUUUAUGUAUAUGGCCUUGGCUGUGAGAAGUCACAUGUAGAAAAUGAAGAGAGUGCCUGUUGGAAAAUUGAAGAUACUGUGAACAUCACAUUUCAUGGGAUCUCGAGUGUUCCUUUUGUUAGUGAAAAGGAUGUGUUAACAGUUCAAGACACUACUGUUGCUCCUGCGAUGAUAUGCCCUGUUGGUGAUCUUCAAGGGCAUUUUUCUGGUUCUAAUGCAACCUCAGAUGAGGAAGUAAUUGAACUAAAGCAGACCGAAGCUUACAAAGAGUUAUGUCGUCCGGCUCCUUUUGAUUUGAAGAAACAGAAAGCCUUGGCCAAGUCUGCAACAUUUCCUUCCUCGAUAGAGGUGGAUGCUGCUGACUUGUCUAUAAAUGGUGGUUGUAGGCCAGAAACAGCUCUUCAAGACAAGUGUUCCUUCACAUCUAAUUAUCCUACCUAUGAACGUUCAGCCUCUCUUCCUGCCUCCUCCAAUCUGAUUUCUGCCAUGAAGGGAAGCCGUGCCCAGAAUGGUUCACCUCUGAAUGUGAAGUUACAUGUAAAAUGGGCUCCUGAGGUAUAUGAUCCACCGUGCACCUUGUUGUCGCACACUGUAAAGAAGAGCUAUCACCACCGGCACAAAGCAAAGAGGAAAGAUAGGAAUAAACACAAGCACAAAGGUAAGUCCACUCGGGGGAGUAAUACCGAGAGGAGAAUUGCAACUAGGAGCAGCGUCACCAAUAUGGCUGAACCUGUGGAUACGAGGUUGCAAAUCACCGAGGACGGAUUGCUGCUGAAUGGACAUGAAAAAUCCAGCACAGAAGCCUUAGAAUAUGCAGUAUGCAAGCAAGAUACAAAGUGCCGAAGCACUGUAUUGAGGGAGGCACUUGCUAAAGUGCAUAUUUCUAUGGCAGAGGCAACAUGAGAAGUCCUCGUCAGGGGCAAUGUUUACACAGUAUCAUGUUGAUGAUUGUAGAUAAAUAAGCACGACACAUUUACACUCAUCCAUCCGAUGGUUUCCGUUUAUCUUGCCUGUAGUGGUUGCCAUUUUGCUUGUGCUGUUUUUGUGGGCUGAGGAUGAGAACACCAUGGUAAUUUCGAGUUCCAGAAACUACAAACCUAAGAAUGUCGUGUUGUCGUUUGGUCAUGGUUGGAAGGAAAUGCUGACGUUAGUUAUGGUACUUGAACGUUUUGUUUGUGAUGUUUCUUCAUGGUUAUAUUUGAGAUUUUUUGUGUGUUUUGGUUCAA